AUGGCCUCCAUCCAUCCACAAGGACAAGGUGGCAGCAUGGCAGGGCCGUGGCGGCUCGCUGCCGUGCCGGAAGGGAGUACGGACGGCGCCAAAGCUGACCAACCGCCGGUGGGACUCUACCGCAACCGGAUCCAAGCCGUCGACGUGUCCGUCGGGCGGAGAAGAUCGACUAUCUUCAGUCAUGGCGGAUCAAGCUACUCCAGUGUUUCGAAUUCCUGCCCAUCCAGCAAGUCUGGCUACUCCUCCGGUUCAGCGUCCGCCGCUGGGCUGGAGUGCUUCCGCAACCAAGAAGAGCUCACGAGGAUUGCUCGCCAAAUGGUCAUAGACGGGUACACCCAGCGCAUGGCCCAAGCAUUCGACGACGCAUCUCCUGCACCAGCAUUCAAAUUCGGUGGUAGCCCGGACCACGCUCUGACAAGUUGGUUCUCGGAGCUCGACGUCGACUGGGUUCUCCAAAUCCACGACGAGAAUAGCUUACGGCGGCUGCUCCGAGACAAGCCGGCGACGACGCGAGACUUGGUCGACAAGUGGAUCCGGGCUCUUGCCGUAAUUGUCGCCAGUAUCACUGAUUUGCUGUUCGACGUCGAGACGCCGGCGGCGGUCGUGCCGUUUGGCAAAGCGAGCAUCGCCCAGAUGCUCGAUGUCGUGGAUGUCAUCAUCACCGUUCUCGAAGCGGAGAAGCUACAGCUCGUGCUUGACAUUUUUACCUGCGUCUCUGAUGCGUUGCACGUGUUUACAUCGCUCGUCUUGUCUCCAGAAAUAAAUAGCAUUUUCAGCGGGAUACGCAGCCUCUUAGAGAGACAAGAAAACAGGCUAAGCAAGAACAUAGCAAGCACGAUGCAGGAGCUGAGGACACUCAUGGAUGAAGAUGACUCGUGGGCUCUCGAGAUCUCGCGAGGAGGAGGGGAGGUUCACAAGAACACUCGAUUCAUCAUGGACUGCAUAGUAUCGAUGAUGAAUGCACAGACUUCAUCGCAAAACUCUCUACCGAGCCGCAGCUCUGAAAACCUUAGUAUCGAGAUCGAUAUCACAACUGAAUAUCUGAAGGGUCUGCUCUUCAGAAAAUCGGAGUCAUGCUCGGAUCAAAGCCUCAGGUAUCUGUUCCUGCUCAACAAUUCCUAUUUCGUAGCUCAUGUGGUGUCUGAGUCAUCAGGAUGUUUCAUUCCGUCUGAAUAUAACAAGUACAUGGACAGUUAUCUCGAUGUUUCUUGGGGACGUGUGCUCUCCUGCAUACCAAAAUCGAGAUUUCCUGGGCCCAUCCAUUGUUGGAUCAACACCUCAUCACUGGCCAAAUUCGAGUCGGCAUUUCACAAAAUGUACCAGGCUCAGAAGUUGUGGAAAGUUCCGGACCCUCAGCUCAGAGAUGCGCUGCGGAGAGCUAUCAUCGAAAGAGUCAUUUCAGGUUACCGAGACUAUCUGGAGGAGCAUCCGGAGCUAGAGAAACAUGUUGGCCGCGAAAGCAGCAGUCCUGAAGUUUUGCAGGCGAUGCUGCGAGAGCUAUUUGAAGGAUGAAAGUUGCUUGAGAUGUCAAACAGAGUCACCUGACAAAUCAGAG